CCACCUCCCAGAAAACAAACACAAACGGAAGGAAGCAGGGGAAACGUGAGCUGAGACAGAAAUUAUAGAUCCACAAGUGGAGAAAAAACGGCACUAACAUGUGUAAUUACACCCUGUGCAGCAGCACAUGAGGCUAUAAGCUGACGAACUAGCUAAAAGAGUGACCGCGAAUUCAACUCCUGAAGAGGAAGAAGAGGAAGAAGCUGCUAACAUUCAUAGCAGAUAAAACUUGGCGCGUUUUGUUUCAGCAGCUUAAUUAACUUACUCUGACCAACAAAAAUGGACUGUACAGCUGACAUGCCUGCUAAUGUUGUACGCGACUCUUCAGAUAAGAACAGCUCCAGCUCUGACGACUUCAUACCUCUCUCGAAGCUCUUGAUGAGGCAACACAGCGAGGACAAACAGUCCUGUGAAAACACACGCAGCUCGAUCUUCAGCUCCAACAUUAAUACAAAAAAGGACAAAAGUGUUUUAACGUCAGAUGAUUCCUCAGAUGAUGAGCCACUGAUAAGGAUGAAGACAGCAUCGGCUAAGAAAUCAGAGAAAAAAGACGCAUCAACCAGGUCUAAUGGCACAAAUAAGAAGAAUGCAGACUUGAAAACAGAUGAUAGCUCUGACAAUGAGCCUUUGAAAAAGAUGGUGGCUUCCAAAACUGCAAAAAAGCCUUCCUCUGUGCCUCCAAAAAAAUCUGUUGAAACAAAGAAGAAAGAGGCACCAGAUGAUGAUGCUAGUUCAGACGAUGAGCCUCUAACUGAAGUUGCCAAGAAAAUAAAGUACCAACGCCAGGCAAAGUCACCUAGAAAAGCUAAUCUGGUUACAAAAUCCAAAAGGAACGCUGACAGGAAAAAAGUUAAAUAUGCAGAGUCAUCCAGUGGCAGCUCAGAUUAUGAGCCACUGGCAACAAAGAGGAAGAAGAAGAUAACUGCUAAAGAGCAAAAGUCUUCUGCAAAUACCAGGAAUACAAAAUCAAAACUUACAGGAAAAUCACUAAAAGACUCUUCGUCCUCAGACAACAGCUCGGAUGAUGAUGUGCCCUUGGUGAACCUCAUUGACAAGCCGAGAAACACGAAGACAACAAAAAGGGCAGCUGUGUCACAAGGACGCGUGUCUAAAAAGAGAGAAGGCAUUGGCCGUCAGAUGAAAGCUCGGACGACGAACCUUUGAUUAAUCUUGUGAAAAAGACCAACACAAAAACAAGGGGUUCAACCCCAAAGAAGAGGGCCACACCUGCCAAACAGCCAAGAAAGAAGACUUCAGCUGGGACGUCAGAUGAAAGCUCGGAUGAUGAACCUUUGAUCAAUCUUGUUAAAAAGACUCGCACAGACAAACGGCCCAAUACACAACGAAGGGGCUCAACCCCGAAGAAGAGGGCCACACCAGCCAAACAGCCAAGAAAGAAGACUUCAGCUGAUUUGUCAAGCAACAGUUCAGAUGAUGAACCCUUAAUCAAAGCAGCUAGACACCCACAAGUGACCAAAAUCUUGAGAAUAAUACUUGAGAGGUGUGAUGUUGAAGAAGCCGGGGCAACAGGGAGCCCAAACAAAACCAGAACAGAAAGAUAAAUUGCUGAAGAACUCACAAAGGAGGAGUCAGACAGCUUUGAAGGAAUCACCAGAAGAAGAAAGAAGAAGCAG